AUGGCCCAGGUAGACUUGAGCGAGCUUCAGCAGCUCUUCAUCGAUGGCGCCUACAGCCCAAGCUCGGACGGCGCCACGUUCACGGUCGCCAAUCCGAUGACGGGCGAGCCGAUCUAUGAAUGCGCCUCAGCGAGCAUAGACGACUAUGGCAGAGCGAUUGAGCGCGCCUCGGCAGCGUUUGACUCGUGGUCGCGGUCGACACCCACCACGCGCCGUCUCACCUUCCUUAAGGCGGCCGACAUCUUAGAGAACUACCUCCAGGGCGAUGCACCAUCAAUUCUGUCUGCAGAGGUCUCCGCCACGAAGAGCUGGGUCCGGUUGAAUAUCCUCUCCACGGCGGGCAUCCUGCGCGAAACAGCUGGCUUAGUAACACACAUUAAAGGGGAAAUCGUGCCGGCCGAUCGACCGGGAACCACGAUUCUUAUCGAGAGGGCACCUCUUGGGGUCGUUUUUGCGAUCAGCCCCUGGAAUGCGCCUGUCAACCUGACCGCGCGCGCCAUCGCCACCCCGAUCAUAUGUGGCAACACGGUUAUCUUGAAGCCGUCGGAAUUCUCGCCUAAAAGCCAGCACCUCGUGGUGCGCGCUCUUCAGGCCGCCGGAUUGCCUUCCGGGUGUCUAAAUUUCCUACCGGUAUCUCCUGAUCGGACGCCCGCUGUCACUGAGUAUGCUGUGAAGCAUCUCAGCGUUCGUCACGUCAACUUUACGGGAAGCGACCGUGUCGGUAGGAUCAUCGCUGGAUGGGCAGCAACUUGCCUCAAGCGGUGCGUCCUUGAAUUGGGCGGCAAGGCUCCAGUAAUCGUGCUUGACGAUGCAAACUUAGACGAUGCGGUCGAAGCCGUCGCAUUCGGAGCCCUGUCCAAUUCUGGCCAGAUUUGCAUGUCGACCGAAAGAGUGCUCUUGCACAACUCGGUCGCGGCGCCAUUCAAAGCGGCCCUCUUACGACGGAUCGAAAGUAUCAAAGUGGGGAAUCAUGAAGAGGAUCCCGAGGUCUCCCUUUCGGGCUUGUUUAAUGCUGCCUCAGCCAAGCGUGUGCAAGCUCUGCUAGAUGGUGCGGUAUCGUCGGGAGCUAAGUUGCUAUGUGGCGACGUGUCGGCAUCAGGACCGAAUAAAACGAUACUAUCGCCGCACGUAGUCGAUGCGGUGACGCCGGACAUGGAAAUCUUCCACAAGGAGAGUUUCGGGCCCUUGGUCUGCCUGUGUUCGUUUGAUACCGACGACGAAGCUAUUGCGCUUGCUAACGGCACUGACUUCAGCCUCUGCGCUGCUGUCUUCUCGAGGGACGUGAUGCGAGCCCUUGACAUCGCACGCCGCGUCCGGGCCGGGAGCUGCCACAUCAACGGGCCUACCGUCUACAUCGAAGCCACUCUACCCAACGGCGGCACGGGAGGGAGUUCCGGAUACGGCCGUUUCGGCGGGAUUGCUGGUGUGUACGAGUUCACCGAGCCUAAGAUCAUCAGUCUAGGAAAGUCGGGGAUGAAAUAUGUCUUCUAG